AUGAAAUUAGCCAUGCUCAUACCGUGGGCCACAAUAGUGUUGCUAUUUUCCUGUGGAGCUGGAACCAUUAACUGCAUGACCCACGAUGGGAACGACACAGAUUUCCUUUCUCUCUUUGAUUUCAAGCGCACAAUCAGGAAUGAUCCAAAAGGGGCAUUGAGCUCAUGGAACAGCACCGUCCACUUUUGCAGCUGGGAGGGCGUGGCGUGUAGCCGAACACGUCUGGAGCGCGUAGUGGCGCUGAACCUGUCUGGGCAGGCUUUGGAUGGUCACAUUUCUCCUUCCCUAGGAAACCUGUCAUACCUUGCUUCUCUUGACCUCUCCAUGAACAUGUUCUCUGGCCACAUACCUCAUCAUCUCGGCUAUCUGCACAAGCUCAAGCUUCUUGACCUGAGUUCCAACUCAUUACAGGGAAACAUUCCGGAUGCAGUCACAAAUUGUUCCAGUUUGCAGAAAUUAUACUUUCAUGAAAACUUGCUCGUGGGAGAGAUUCCCAAGAAAAUUGCCCUCCUCUCCAACCUAUUAGAUUUGCGGCUUUACUCUAACAAUAUCUCAGGGGCCAUUCCACCUGACCUAGGUAACAUCACAACCUUACAGUACGUCAUUCUUCAAGCUAACCAGCUCCAUGGAAGCAUUCCAGAGGAGCUUGGCAAGUUAUCGAAUAUGACAGACUUGUUGCUUGGUGGAAAUAUGUUGUCAGGUAGAAUCCCAGAAGCACUCUUUAACCUCUCUUUGGUACAACAAAUUGCCAUGCCACUGAAUUUGCUACAUGGUCCAUUGCCACCUAAAAUCGGAGACUUCCUCCCUAAACUCCAACGCCUUUACUUGAGUGCCAACAUGCUGGGAGGUCACAUCCCGGAUUCACUAGGCAACGCAUCAGAGCUGCAGUCAAUAGACUUGGGAUUUAACUAUGGCUUUACAGGCAAAAUCCCUCCUUCUCUUGGUAAACUUCGGAAUCUCAGAACACUAGGUCUCCAUCAUAAUAAUCUUACAGCAAAUGAUAGCCAAAGCUGGGAAUUUCUAGAUGCAUUGACCAACUGCACUCUUCUAGAGCUGCUUACACUCAACGGAAAUCAGCUGCAGGGAGUACUUCCGAAUUCCGUUGGUAACCUGUCCUCUAAUCUUGACAACCUCAUGUUUGCAGAAAACAUGCUAUACGGUUUAGUCCCGUCAAGCAUAGGAAACCUUCAUAAGCUAACUAAAUUAGACCUAGUGGACAACAAUUUUACAGGUCCCAUUGAUGGAUGGAUUGGAAAUAUGGUUAAUUUACAAGGUUUAUACCUUGCAUGGAACAACUUCAAUGGGCACAUUCCAGACUCCAUUGGUAAUUUUUCAAAUCUGUUACAUCUGAAUCUAGCAGCUAACCAAUUCUAUGGUCCCAUACCGUCAAGUCUAGGAAAACUUCCACAGCUCUUACUUGUAGACCUCGGUUUCAACAAUCUUCAAGGCAAUAUACCAAAAGAUCUCAUUGCAGCUACAGUUGUUCAGUGUUCAUUAUAUCACAACAAUCUGGAAGGCCAAAUACCCUAUAUUGGUAAUCUUCAACAGCUCAACUAUCUGGAUCUUUCAUCCAACAAGCUUAGCGGAGAAAUUCCAUCUUCUCUUGGCACUUGCCAGCAAUUGCAAACUGUCAAAAUGGACGUGAACUUUCUCUCUGGAAGCAUCCCUGCAUUUUUUGGCCAUCUGGGUAGUUUGACCAUGCUCAACCUUUCUCACAACAAUUUCUCAGGCUCUAUCCCAAUUUCUCUAAGCAAACUACGGCUUCUUACACAAUUAGAUCUGUCCCACAAUCAUCUUGAUGGUGAAGUGCCAGAAGAAGGGGUAUUCAAAAACACUACAGCCAUCUCACUUGUAGGCAAUUGGCGGCUUUGUGGAGGUGUACUAGAACUGCAUAUGCCUCCAUGCCCCAACCCUACACAGAAAACAAUUGGAUGGCGACACUAUUUUGUAAGAAUAGCAAUCCCCAUAAUAGGCAUCGUGUCCCUCACAUUGCUCAUAUAUUUUAUCAUCUCAAGGAAGAAGGUGCCAAGAGCACUGCUGUCACCAUCUUUUUCUGGUGAGCAAUUUCCUAAAGUUUCUUACAAGGAUCUUGCUCAAGCCACAGAGAACUUCGCAGAGUGUAAUUUGGUUGGCAGGGGAAGCCAUGGUUUAGUGUACAAAGGGAGGCUAAUAACUCCAGAAUCCAUGGUUGUUGCUGUGAAGGUUUUCGACCUUGCCAUGGAAGGGACUGAUAGGAGUUUUAUAUCAGAAUGCCAAGCUCUAAGAAAUAUCCGUCACCGAAACCUUGUUCCAAUUCUAACCGCAUGCUCAACUAUCGAUAACAUGGGAAACGAUUUCAAAGCUCUAGUCUACAGGUUCAUGCCCAAUGGUAGUUUGGAUACUUGGUUGCACCCACCUGGCUAUGGAAACCUGGAUCUGUCACAAAGAUUGAAAAUAAUUGUUGAUAUAGCUGAUGCACUACAGUAUAUACAUCAUGAUUGUGAGACUCCCAUUAUUCACUGCGACUUGAAGCCCAGCAAUAUUCUUCUUGAUGACGAUAUGGCUGCUCAUUUAGCGGACUUUGGCAUCGCAAGAUUCUACCUCAAAACCAAAUCACAGGCAGUGGGAGAUUCGAGAGCAACUGGCACAAUAAAUUUGAAGGGAACAAUUGGGUACAUUGCUCCAGAGUAUGCCGGAGGUAGUUACCUAUCAACUUGUGGAGACGUGUACAGCUUUGGGGUAGUCCUGAUGGAGAUGUUGACGGGGAAAAGGCCAACUGAUCCUCUCUUCUGCAAUGGACUCAGCAUCAUCAGCUUCUGCAAGACAAGUUUUCCUGAUCAAAUACUUGGCAUAGUCGAUGCUCAUCUCCUAGAAGAAUACAAGGAGUGUGCAGCGUAUCCAGAAGACGAAAGCAGAGUCCUCUGGUGCUUGGUGGCCCUGGUGAAAGUGGCUCUUUCCUGCACUUGCGAGGCCUCUGGUGAUCGAAUGAACAUGAGGGAAGCAGCUGCGGAAUUGCACGAAAUCGAGGGUGUUUGGUUUAUGGAAUGA